AUGGAAAGCAAGCCGGUGGUGGUCUCCAAGCACCGGCGAGCAGUGCUGUGUGGCGUCCCCACCCAGGUGGUGUGCACAGCCUUCAGCAGCCACAUCUUGGUGGUGGUGACCCAGUUCGGGAAAAUGACCCUAGUCUCCCUGGAGCCCAGCGAGGUGGCCAAUGACAUAAGCAAGCCCAUGCUCACCACCAAAGUCCUCUUCGGGCAGGACGAGCCUCUCAUCCACAUCUUUGCUGAGAACCUGGUGACAUUUGUGUCUCAGGAAGCUGGGAACAGAGCGGUCCUGUUGGUGGUCGCUGUGAAGGACCGCAGCAUGGAGGGGGUGAAGGCCUUGCGGGAGGUGAUUCGGAUGUGUCAGGUGUGGCGAGGGGUCAUGGGGCUGCUGACCAGGACCAGGAUCAGUUGGACACUCAGCUCCCCCACCCCCGCCUUGGUGUGA